UCGCCUAAAUUGGUAGAAAAGGGAAUUAGAAGAGUGACCUUCCUGAAUUCAUAUGCUAGAGAAUUUCCCCAAUAUUUCACAUUUAGAGCCAGAGACAUGUUUGCCGAGGAUAGAAUUUAUCGCCAUCUUGAGCCUGCGCUAGCGUUUCAACUGGAGAUCAACAGAAUGCGGAACUUCCACCUCACUGCCAUUCCUAUACAAAACCACAAAAUGCAUCUUUAUCUUGGAAAAGCCAAGCAAGUAGCCAAGUGUCAGGAGGCAACUGACUACAGAUUCUUUGUGAGGUCAAUCAUUAGACACUCUGACCUUGUGACUAAGGAGGCAUCAUUUGAGUAUCUGCAGAAUGAAGGUGAGCGGACGUUGCUGGAAGCUAUGGAUGCUCUAGAGGUGGCUUUCUCCCACAGUGAUUCACGGCGAGCAGAUUGUAACCAUAUCUUCCUGAAUUUUGCUCCAACAUUGGCUCUGACGGACCCAACCAAGUUGGAGGAGACUGUCCGUAGCAUGGUAAUGAGAUAUGGUCACAGACUUUGGAAACUCAGAGUACUGCAGGCUGAACUGAAAAUGACCAUCAGGUUAACCACCAAUGGAAAGCGUCUUCCUAUUCGUCUAUUUCUGACCAAUGAGAGUGGCUAUUACUUAGACAUCAGUAUGUACAGGGAGGUCACUGACUUACGCACAGGGCAGAUAAUGUUUCAAGCAUAUGGUGCCAAGCAGGGCCCCUUACAUGGCAUGUUAAUAAGCUCUCCGUACGUGACCAAGGACCAUCUCCAGCUGAAGAGGUCUCAGGCUCAGUCCAACGACACUACCUAUGUCUAUGACUUCCCAGAGUUUUUCAGACAGGGUUUAUUUAAAGUUUGGGCAGAGCAUGAAAGGAAGACAGGACAAAAGCCUCCACAAGAUGUCCUCACCUACAUGGAGCUUGUCUUGGACCAGGAGGGGGAGCUGCACUCAAUGAACAGGCUGUCUGGAGAAAAUGAGAUUGGCAUGGUGGCGUGGAAGAUGACCCUCCAUACCCCUGAGUUCCCCCUGGGGCGAGAUGUCAUCGUGAUAGGAAAUGAUAUCACAUAUCUGAUUGGCUCGUUUGGGCCACAGGAAGAUCUGCUCUUUAUGAGAGCCUCUGAGCUAGCCAGAAAACUUGGUAUUCCACGUAUCUACAUAUCAGCUAACAGCGGCGCCAGGAUCGGUCUGGCAGAGGAGGUGAAGCACCUGUUCAAGGUCGCCUGGGAAGAUACCCAGAACCCAGAUAAGGGUUUUAAAUACCUGUAUCUGAGUCCAGAAGACUUCAAGAAGGUCAGUCCUCUAAACUCUGUCCGCGCUGAGCUGGUGGAAGACGAGGGAGAGUCCAGGUACAAGAUCAAAGAUAUCAUUGGGAAAGAUGAUGGCUUAGGAGUUGAGAACUUGAAGGGCUCAGGCAUGAUAGCAGGAGAAUCGUCACAGGCCUAUGAGGACAUUAUUACUAUGAACUUGGUGACAUGUCGUGCUAUAGGGAUAGGUGCUUACCUGGUGAGACUAGGACAGAGAAUUGUACAGGUGGAGAGCUCACAUAUCAUCUUGACUGGAGCAGGGGCGCUGAAUAAGUUACUGGGCAGGGAGGUAUACACCAGUAAUAACCAGCUUGGUGGGAUACAGAUCAUGCACAAUAAUGGAGUGUCUCAUGACAUUGCACCCAAUGACCUUGAUGGUAUCUACAAACUUAUACAAUGGCUGGCCUACUUCCCCAAGUGCCGAGAUGGCCCCUUGCCCAUCCUACCACCUACUGACCCCAUUGACCGUACGGUGGACUUUAUGCCCACCAGGGCCCCCUAUGACCCACGGUGGAUGUUGGCAGGAAGACCAGACCCAAACAGCCCAGAAGUGUGGCAGAAUGGUUUCUUUGACAAGGACAGUUUUAUGGAGAUUAUGCAACCGUGGGCGCAGACUGUCGUCUGCGGGAGAGCUAGGUUGGGAGGUAUUCCCCUGGGGGUGAUCUGUGUGGAGACCAGGACAGUAGAGGUCACCAUUCCUGCCGACCCUGCCAAUCUGGACUCUGACGCCAAGGAUAUUCAGCAGGCUGGGAUGGUGUGGUUCCCAGACUCUGCCUACAAGACAGCUCAGGCCAUCAAAGAUUUUAACAGGGAACAACUGCCACUCAUGAUCUUUGCCAACUGGAGAGGCUUCUCUGGGGGGAUGAAAGACAUGUAUGACCAAGUGUUGAAGUUUGGUUCAUACAUCGUGGAUGGUCUACGUGAAUACCGUCAGCCUAUCCUGAUCUAUAUCCCGCCCAAUGGAGAGCUGAGGGGCGGGGCCUGGGUGGUUGUUGACCCGUCAAUCAACCCAAGAUACAUGGAAAUGUAUGCCGACAGGGAGAGCAGGGGCGGUGUUUUAGAACCAGCAGGUACAGUGGAGAUCAAAUACCGUCACAAGGACCUGGUCAAAACUAUGCGAAGACUAGACCCGAGCUAUAUCCAGCUUUCUGAGAAGAUCUCCAGUCCUGCUCUGUCCAAAGAAGAUAAGCUGGUGCUGGAGAAACAACUGAAGCAGAGAGAGGAACAGCUGGCACCAAUCUACCACCAGGUGGCAGUGAUGUUUGCAGACCUCCAUGAUACGGCUGGGCGUAUGCAGGAGAAAGGGGUCAUCACGGACACCCUGGAUUGGCCAACAAGCAGGAAGUUUUUCUACUGGCGCAUGCGUCGUCUGCUGCUAGAAGAAAAAGCCAAGAAACUCAUUUACAAAAUUAACAAAGAGAUGACAGACGGCCAGAUGAAGAACAUGCUUAAGAGAUGGUUUGUGGAAUCCGAGGGCACAGUAAAGACAUAUUUGUGGGAAGACAAUCCUGCCGUAGUGGAGUGGCUAGAAAAGGCUCUAGAGGAAGAAAACUCUGUGUUUAACGAUAACCUCAAAUGUCUGAAGAGGGACUGCGUGAUUGAGAAGCUGAAAAACCUCCUGGAAGAUAACCCAGAUGUAGCCAUGGACUCCCUGGUCCACAUCACACAACAUAUGACUUCAGGACAGAGGAAGGAAGUGGGGCGUAUUCUGGCCACUAUGGACCCACCCUCCACCCCUACGUCACCUCAGUCUACGGAUUGAGCCACAAAGUGGUUACAGUAAACUGGACUUAGGCUUCUUUGAAUUAUUUUGCCUGUGCCUGUGGAGAAAUACUAGGACUAUACUGUUAGGCUGGAUGGACCAUUUGGCUGUUGUAUAGUGUUAAAGACUGGGUUCCCAUGCCUACAUUGAUCUAAUAGGAUCAAUCCAUCUCCAAGGGGUUUCUUACUAAAUUGCCUUCAGCUUAAGCGCCUUAAAUGUCUGGCACACCUACUGAAGCUGCUUAACGAUAAUUAAUUAUC